CGAGUUGGGAGUCAAUAGCUGCACUUCUUAGGAGCGAAUAGGGUCUCGCAGUUCUUUUCGAUUUUUCGUUUCCAAUGAACUUAAUUAAUGCGCAAGUUGCUUCUCCUUACCGACUAGCAGAAGUUGGACGGAAUGGGAUAUAAGUAGACUUCUUUUAAAAGGGAAAUAAUGAAUCAAAAGUAUCAUUACGAAUGUUAUCUAGAGUUGAAAUGCAGUGUUUAAAACUUUAUUGAUUUUCACUGCAAAGAAGCGUAUGGAUAUGCAAUCCACGAGUUAACUUUUAUAUUUACACAGGAAGUCCAAAAAUCAGUGCCCACACGAAAAAUCACUGACCACUAAAACCGUGGGCUUUCAAAAUGGUGGCGGGACAGGUCUCUUCAUGAGAUUACUCCUAUUUUGUAUGAAAAGAAUAAUUUUAUCACCUAUAUUUUUCUACAAAAUGGCUCGUCAAAGACGCGGAAAACACGCUGCUGAGUCUUUUUCAGACCUCAAAGAAACAAGACCCAAAUCAUCGAAGCAGAAAGGGCGCCAUUCAAAAGAUAGUCAUUCGCCGCUGUUGGUGCUUGGGCUCUUGAUUGCCAUUCCCGGCGGCUUGUUAGCUGGCAUUUCAGUGUAUAAUUACUACAAAUCUAGUCUUUUAUAUAAGCCUUUGAAUAGUGCGCCUGUAAUUGACAGUACUAAAGCUGAUAUGAGAAGAUUUUGGGGGACAUACAGGUCAAAUCUUUACUUCGGGAUGAGGACAAGAAGCCCUAAGUCCCUAAUGCCUGGUCUAAUGUGGUUCUCCCAGUUUCCUCACGAUGGACAGCUGUCAAUCAGACACACAUGUGAACAGAAUGAUCGCCUGCCCAAAUAUGGAUGGCUAAAGCACGAUGGAGUGAGAUUUGGCUCCCAAGAAAUUGUUGACGAUGAUUUUAUAUUAAAUACUGAUUUUGUUAAACAACCUGGAGGUGACCAUGGGGGUGACUGGACUGUCAGGAUAAGUGGCAGGAAAAAAGACCAGGGCAACCCAAACCAGCUUGUUUCCUUGCUGUUCUACGUGACCCAUGAAGACAUAAUCAAACUAAAUCCUUCAAUUAACACUAAGAACACUUUAACAGCUUUACAAGGGGAUUCCCCUGAACUUGGCAAAUUCACCAUUAUCUUUCCCCAGCCAAGAAACAAUGUAAGGCUUUCCAACUUCCUGGCAACUCAUACACCAAAUGUACAUUCAGUGAAAGAAGUCAUUAUGCAGAGUUUGAACUAUGUCAAGGUGGGCAAGAAAACCCGUUUGAUUGGACUGCAAGGAUUUCUUCCCAAACAAGAUGAAGACCAUAGACAGCUGCCAACAAACCUUUACGUUCAACAGUGGACCCUCCAACUUCCCUUUGAGAUGGAGGUCAUUUUUGAAUCAGGCAGCUUCUCAUCAAGAUCAGAGAGACUUUCAGGUCCAGUAUUCUCCGAGGCUUUACUGAAAUUCUCUGAAAAUUUUCAGAAAACCUUUGAGGAAAAGUUUCCUUUGAAGUCUAAAGGUUUUGGAGAAGAAGAGAUUUCAUUUGCACGAGCUGCAUUGAGUAAUAUGGUUGGGGGAAUAGGAUAUUUCCAUGGAAAAUCGCGGGUGAUUUCAAAGCUCCUGAAGGAGCCUGUAGAUUACUGGGCAAGCCCUUUGUACACUGCAGUACCCUCAAGACCUUUCUUUCCUCGUGGUUUCUUAUGGGAUGAAGGUUUCCAUCAGCUUUUGAUUAGUCAAUGGGAUACAGCAAUAAGCAUGGACAUCAUUGGUCAUUGGCUUGAUUUGAUGAACAGUGAGGGAUGGAUUCCUAGAGAACAGAUUCUAGGUGAUGAAGCCCGCACUAAAGUCCCCCCUGAGUUUGUAACCCAACAUAAUGAGAACGCUAACCCACCAACACUUAUUUUGCCCAUCAAAUCUAUGAUUGACAGGGGGGCCCUUGAUAAGGACUACCUAGUGAAAAUCUACCCAAGAUUAAAAGCAUGGUUUAAUUGGUUUAACACCACACAGCUUGGAACACUCGCUUCCACAUAUCGAUGGCACGGCCGAGAUGCAAAAACUGACAGGGAACUCAAUCCUAAAACCCUGACAUCUGGGCUUGAUGAUUAUCCUCGGGCAUCCCAUCCAACCGAUGAUGAACGUCAUGUUGAUUUACGAUGCUGGAUGGCAUUUGCAUCUGGACUUAUGGCAGAGAUAGCUCAAACUGUUGGCCAACCUUCAGAGCAAUAUCGAGCAACUAAUGCAUACCUUUCAGACGCAAAGCUACUAGACAAGUAUCAUUGGUCACCAAAGGGACAAAUGUACAGUGACUUUGGCAACCACACAAGGCUUGUCAAACUGGAGCAUCGUUCUAGUCAACCAGGAGGUCCAACAAGAUUAGUAAGGGUUGUCAAAUCACGCACAGGACCAAUCCAAAAGUUUGUCAAUAGCUUUGGUUAUGUAAGCUUAUUUCCAUUCCUUCUACAAAUCCUCAAGCCAAAUUCCCCAAAGCUGGAAAAACUGUUAAAAGAUUUAAAGAAUCCAGACCUAUUAUGGACUGAUUUUGGCCUGCGUUCGCUGUCGAAGAGUGACCCAUUAUAUAAGAAGUAUAACACAGAGCAUGAUGGGCCAUAUUGGAGGGGAGCGAUCUGGAUCAACAUCAAUUUCUUAUCUGUACGUGCUUUGUAUUAUUACAGUAGUGCUGAUGGUCCUUAUAAAGACACUGCCCUACAAAUUUACAAAGAACUUAGGACUAAUCUCAUUAGAAAUAUUUUUAAACAAUAUCAAAGUUCAGGUUUUAUAUGGGAACAAUAUGAUGACAAGACUGGUCAGGGCAAAGGUAGUCAUCCAUUCACUGGUUGGUCUUCGUUAGUAGUAUUAAUGAUGUCAGAGCAAUAUUAAGUUAUAGUCCACUAUUAAUGAUUAUCCCUGUUGCUGUGGUAACCAUGGUGCUCUAGUAACCAUGGUGCUGUAGUAACCCUGUUGCUGUAGUUGCCAUGUUGCUGUGGUAACCAUGGAGCUGUAGUAACCUGGUUGCUGUGGUUACCAUGUAACUGUGGUAACCCAGUUGCUGUGGUUACCCAAUCGUUAUGGUAACCCUGUUGCUAUGGUAAUCAUGUUGCUGUUCAUUACCUCAUUUAUUUGUGAAACCCUUUUAAAAAUUUGCCAUCUUUUUAAUAUAAAUAUUGUUAACUAUUGGACAUUGGUAACAUAAAAAAUAAAUAAAUCUAUUACCAUAGUUAGCAUGCACGAGUUUUGUAUUAUUGGCUCUCCACAAUUCAUUGAGGGUCAGGGAAUAACUAUAUAACUACAAAACAAAAUACUGUAAGUGUUCUUUUUGAGUAUGAGCAUGUUUGGUACAAUACUCAGCAAAAAGCAAAUUUGCAGAAAUAAUAAAAGAGAGUGUAUGGUCA